GUGGCUGUUCCUGUGUGUUUACUACACGGACCACGCAGCAGCAGACACUUGGCUUCACAUGCACCCAACUCACAACAGCUAGCUAGCUAAACACUUUAUAGUUCCAUCUGAAAGAGAAUCGACAAGAAUACAACAUGCCCAAGAGAAAGCAGGGAGCCGCUGGAGACGCCAAGGAGGAGCCCCAGAGGAGAUCCGCCCGGUUAUCAGCGAAACCAGCCCCAGCCAAGACUGAACCCAAGGCCAAGAAGGAGAAACCAGCAAAGAAAGAGAAGGCUGUGAACGACAAGAAGGAGGAGAAGAAAACUAAGAAGGCAGCAGCGAAGGAGAACGCAGAGGCCGCUGAGGAGAACCACUCUGAGAACGGAGACGCCAAGACCAACCAGAUGGACGAUGCUCCCGAGGCGGAGAAGGAGGAAGCCAAGUCUGAGUAGCAACACUGCCGACCCCUGACCCCCCCCCCCCCCCCCCCAGCCUGCCCCAGUGUUCGUGGUCCCCCUCCAAGGCAUAUUGUUAACAGAGGAAUAUUUUUAUCAGUGAUUUUAUAAGUAUACUAUCUACUGUCCGUACAGAUUUUUAGCACAAAGCAAAGCUGAGUAAUUUGCUGCAGAUCUGCAGUGGUCAUAUCAACAAAGUGUCUGCAGGCAAGAGGAACACACUAAAGUCUUUUUUAAUUAAACAGCAUUUCAUGAUUGUGUAGGAAGCAAAGUGCGUCCCGUCCCAUAGUGAGUUGUGUUCCCCUCCUCCACAGUCUCCUAGGGUUCUUAUUCCUGGUUAAUUAACUGUUUUGAUCCCGUCUGUUCAGUGAGUUCCUUUUGCUUUGUCUAAAUGUUCCUGUUUUUACAUGAAACGUGUUGAAAGUGUGUUGUCCAAUGAGGAAGAGGAUCAUGAGAAAAUUCCGGGCACAGUGACAUGCAUGUCUCCUAGACGACCCUGUAACAGUGACAUGCAUGUCUCCUAGGAGACCCUGUAACAGUGACAUGCAUGUCUCCUAGACGACCCUGUAACAGUGACAUGCAUGUCUCCUAGGAGACCCUGUAACAGUGACAUGCAUGUCUCCUAGACGACCCUGUAACAGUGACAUGCAUGUCUCCUAGGAGACCCUGUAACAGUGACAUGCAUGUCUCCUAGACGACCCUGUAACAGUGACAUGCAUGUCUCCUAGGAGACCCUGUAACAGUGACAUGCAUGUCUCCUAGGAGACCCUGUAACAGUGACAUGCAUGUCUCCUAGGAGACCCUGUAACAGUGACAUGCAUGUCUCCUAGGAGACCCUGUAACAGUGACAUGCAUGUCUCCUAGGAGACCCUGUAACAGUGACAUGCAUGUCUCCUAGGUGACCCAGUAACAGUGACAUGUCUCCUAGGCGACUACAGCAGCCGUGUGCAACAGCUUUCCAUCUUGCUGGUUUUCUAAACUGUUUUUUUGAUAAGCGGUUCUCUGACGUGUGCAGGAGUCUCUGUCCCUCUGAUGUUCUGGAAUUCUCCAAUAAAACAAGUCCUGUGAAUUUUCCUCAAAA